AGAAAACGAAACAAUAAACAUUCAUUGAAACCGAUCCUGUCAUAGGGAUCCUUAACUCCAACAAGAGGUGAACGUCAUGCUGCCAAAGAGCUGAACCGGCUGCAUUUAGAUCUGGAUCUGUGCCGUUACAGCCCUGAGAGGUAGAGGGAAUACGACAAAGGGCGGAGGAAGCGAGCUCAGCUUGAGCCAAUGCAGCAGCAGAUUCGGCAGCCUGACCUAGUGGAGGGAAGCCUUCCAGUGUUUGUGUUCCCCACUGAACUGGUGUUCUAUGCAGAUGAGCAGGCUUCACAUAAGCAGGUGCUCACCCUCUACAACCCUUAUGAGUUUGCUCUUAAAUUCAAAGUUCUGUGCACAGCGCCAAACAAAUAUGCAGUGGUGGAUGCCACUGGUGCUGUUAAACCACAAUGUUGUGUGGAUAUCGUGAUCCGCCAUAGGGAUGUGCGGGCUUGCCAUUAUGGAGUGAUUGAUAAGUUCCGGCUGCAGGUGUCUGAGCAGAGUCAGAGGAAGGCACUGGGUGGGAAGGAAGUAAUGGCCACUCUGCUGCCCUCUGCUGCUCAGGAGCAGUCCCUGGUCCGUCCCCAGGAAGAGGAACACAGGAUGAAGGAGCAGCUUGCCGACAGACUGUUCUUUGAGCAGACUGCAUUCCAAACAGAGAGCCAUACAGCAUCUGGGGGCCCCAGCCUCCUAACUGUCCUUUUAGGCCUGGUGUGUAUAGCAGCCCUUAUGCUCCCAACUCUGGGAGAGCAGGAAUCCACAGUGCCUGUCUACCUCCACUUAAGUGUUAACAAGAAACUUGUGGCUGCUUAUGUUUUAGGCCUUCUUACAAUGGUUAUUCUACGCACAUGAAGUGCUCUUUGAAAAUACAUUGCUGAAGGAGAAUGGAACUAAGAAGAUCAAAGGGGGAGAUGUGUCUAAGAAACUCCCUCUAAACAGGAACUAAUUUCUAAAAUGACAUCGC